AUGGCUAACAGCACUGCACCUCGUGAGAUUCCUAAUAUUUUGAAGCAAAAAGACCCGUCAAACACUACGGGAAUCAAGAGCGUUUACAGCGCCCUUUUUUCAAACAAAGCAACCAAACUGGACGAUCUAACUCCUAUUCAGUAUGUCAUAAAUCAAUUACUUAAGAAAGAUUACCUCCAUCAAUUUCUUACAAAUCCAGAUACCAACGAAAUCACAGAUAUUAUUUGGGUUUAUCCUAUGAGCCUAGAGCUAUCUGUCAAUUUUUCGUCCGUAUUGAUCAUUGACACCACGUACAAGACCAAUGAGUAUCGAAAAUCACUAUUGGAGGUUGUGGGUAUCACAUCCACAUGGCGAACUUACUCGCUUAUGUUCGCAUAUCUUAGUAAUGAGAGAGAAGAGACACUGACAUGGGCAUUGGAUACCUUAAAAAACUGGAUACUUCAAAAGGGGGCAUCGUUGCCAUUGGUGUUUGUUUCAGAUCGAGAUUUAGUGCUUAUGAACGCCAUUGAAGCAUGUUUCCCCACGGCACGUCACAUCAUGUGUAUUUGGCACAAGUGGCAAGCCAUGUGCGACAAUUUUCGCCAAUUUCUGGUUGUCACAACUUACCUAUGGCAAACAUGGUUAAGGUCGUAUAGAGAGCGGGCAGAGUCUGCACAUGCGAGGUUAAAGCUAUAUUUAGGGGAUACCAUGUCGUCGCUACAUACAUCUUUUGAUAAAAUAGAAAAUAUGUUGAAAAAUCAGUUCGGAAAAAUUAAGAAGUCGUUCAAGAAAUCUAUGAACAUUCCACGCCAUAAACAAUUACGUGACGACAUUUUUGAUCAGGUAAGUAUCCAUGCUCAUUGGACUACGUUGUCUAUGCAUGCAACUGAGUUGAAUGAGGAGGGAACACCACCUAACAGGACAUCUCAGGUCGUUGAGAUAUUAGAUGGGAUGGAUCCACGUAUGCGAGAGCAUAUCAUAGACAGGUUUAUCGAUAUGGCAGAUCCAUCUCGUAGCACAGUUCGACCUCCAUCGUACAAGACAGAACAUAGAGGUCGACCUGCAGGUAGAGAUGAGCAAAGUACACGUCGCAUAUCUUAUUCUUCAGAAGUAUCCGCUUCAGGAUCAAGGACUGCAACAUCACGAGUGAGAGGGAAAGGGAGAUGUGGGAGGGGGUCGGGGGUUCGCAACACUCAAUCUACAAUUCCACCCAUCCCUGAUCGCUACAUUCAGGCGAUAGCUGCACAAAUCGGGUAUAGUGAAAAUGAUUGGAAUCAAGUACGAGAGGAGCUUAUUGAAGAGAUUCGACAAGAUUAUUAUCUAUAUGGUGUGAUUUAUCUAUCAUAUGAUAUGGCAAACCAACUACUACAAUUACUGGAUUGCUUUGAGCCUACGGCAUCGGAAGCACAUUGGAUGGAGGCUAUGACUUUGGGAGUUGUCAUCGCAACAAGAUACAACCUUGUACUGCAUACAUUUGAUGAGAAUGUUUUCAGUUGUUUUACUCACUUGCCAUUGACAUCCCCUCCAGUUCUAGUCGAAGACCGCCGGAAAAUUGCUAUUGCCCAUGUCGGCAAUCACUUCGACCAUGCAUCGGACGAAGCUAAAAGAUGGGCUGAUAGCUAUGAAACACGUAUACUAUUGUGGUAUGAAGUAAUGGGUAUAAGCGCGCCGGAAGCAUCAUUUGGAGGAAAAUAUUGA